GACCACCGGCGGCGGCUUGGCACGAAUUAUCGCAGUCGCUCCCGAAGUCACGGGGCUUGAGUUAGGCACGUUAGGGUCAUUUAUGGCUUCGUUCAUUCGUUCAUAUUCGUUCCAUCCUGUGUUCCUCUGGAUUCCCUUCGUGUUCCAUCAACAAUCCGCAAAUUCUCCUCACCAGACUAUGCAUUGGGUGUCCAACGUUGACUGCCAUCUCGUGGUAAGCAGCAGGACCCCAUACCCACCCGGAACCGUAUCGCCAUGGGAGAUUCACGACCGCGCCAGCGCAAAUUUGCCCCGCGUUCCAGGCAAGGCUGCUUGACCUGUCGCGCUCGCCGCAAGAGAUGCGACGAGAAACGACCAGAUUGCCACAAUUGCACUCGUCUGAAUCUGAAGUGCGAAUGGCAAACCCAGCGUCAGAUCGUUCCCGAAGCGGAACGCGAUCCGUCCCCACAGCCUUCGACUUCUACCGAGUUGAUCUUCUCCCCGAGAGCAUCGCUGGAUCCCUGGGAUUCUCUCCCUGGGGAAAAGGGUGCCGAGAGUAAGCAUCUCCUCCAGUACUACAUUGAAGCAUUCGUACCAAGUAUCUCCGUGGCCUCGACCCCUUCAAGCUUCUACACCUCGCUGUACAUCCCUAUGGCCUUCCAGUCCAAUGGUAUUCUAGACGCCAUUACCGCCUUGUCAUCUGCCCAAUUAGCCAGGAGGACCACCAAUCCACAGAGAGUACAAUAUCUACAGCAGCUCUCCGCAAAGCAUCAAGUAAAAUGCCACGAGUUUAUCAGAGAGCGUAUCUCCCCAACGGGAGAGCCGAUCUCGGAUACUUAUCAGGUCAUUGGCAUGCUUAUGUUAUUAGUGGGGCUCGAGUGCCUUCUCGGAAACAAGCAUACGAAAUGGCUCUCUCAGAUGCGUUGCGCCCGGAAACUCCUGAACUCAUUGUAUCUUGAUCAGGGUAUGAUGACUUCGUGGGAGCUGGAGUCCCUCCACAGACACUUCACCUACCAUGAUGUGAUGGCCUCACUGAUGACCAGGGCAUCGCCUUCUGACACGUUCUAUCCCAGCGAACGUGACUUCUCUCCCUUCCUCUCACUGGGUGAUGGGAAUGCCAUUGAUCCAUUGAUGGGUAUUUCGUACACCCUCUGUUCGCUCAUACGUCGGAUUCAGUACGUCACCGCACCCAAUCCUGCGUUUCCCCACCUCUCGGGAGCUGCCUUCAAAUCAAUAGAAGAGGAUAUCAAGCAGUGGACUUACGAAAGCCCUCUCUCUUCGCCGUGCAUUGAUCUUCCGCUCGGACUAGACCUUAUCGCAUUGGCGGAGUCAUAUCGACUAGCAGCGUUGAUACAACUGUAUCACAAUUCAGAAGAGCACAAACCUCUCAUACCGGUAUGCGCUGCUAGAGCGAUGCAGUUCCUCUCUAGAAUACCUCCCGGAAGUCCUGCCGAGUCGAGUAUGCUUUAUCCAAUGUUCCUCGCCGGCGCAGAGUUGGACGAGGAGGCCCAGAUUGCGCUUUGCUUUCAACGAUUGUCGAAUAUCCAAGAGCGCAAUAGAUACGAGAACGUAGGCAUGGUACAACAAGUACUACAAGAAGUCUGGAGACCGACUCUAAAUGGACAAGAGAAACGAGAUUGGGCAGAAGUAUUGAAGGAAUGGAAUUGGUCGUUCAGUCUUGGGUGAAUGCCACGACAAGAUUUUAAGAAGAUUCGUGCAUUGGAAAGUCAUUCCGCACGACGACGCCAUUGCUAUUCGAUGGGAAAAUUGCCGCCAUUGCGCGCCCAUUAACCAGAACAGUAACGGACUGCACCAGCCAUAUCACAGAAAACAUAGAGGGGUAGCUUAGCAGAGUACGCGUCCGAGUCCGAGUGCGGGGUAUCUCACCCGCAUCUCUACUUCUUGACCUCUUUCGUACACCUGCACAGCUCAAUCUAUAUCACACACGGCCACCCAUCAUCGACAUGUCUAGUCAUUGGCGCGGGGCUUUGCUACAAGG